AUGUCAAGCCCAGCUGCCCGCCUUAUAGCGGCAUCCUCACGCACACUUCUACUCACCUUCGACGCGUUCGGCACCCUCUUCCACCCGCGUCUCCCCGUCCCCGAGCAAUAUGCCGCGACCGCGCAUCAAUUCGGAUUAUCGCGCACAGCCGUCACCCCGGACAAACUCGCAACCGCAUUCAAGGACACCUUUCGUGCGCAGAUGCGUCAAUACCCAAAUUACGGUCGCGCGGAUGUUCUCCGAGGCCAAUAUGGGGGGGCCGAGGCAGUGGUGGGAGGAGAGAACGGGGAGACGCAUCCUGAAACACCCAGAAAGCAUAUUCCUGACGGCAUGGUGGAAGCUCUACUAGAUCGGUUCGCUGGUGCCGAGGGGUAUGCGCUAUAUGACGAUGUGCUACCUUUCUUCCGCCGAAUGCACAAACUGAAGUCCGCGAAUAAGUGGUCGUUUGAUAGGAUAAUUGUGGGAGUUGUAUCCAAUUCGGAUGACCGCGUCCCUGUCGUACUGAAGUCGUUGGGUUUGACCGUUGGUGAUAUGCGCGCCGACCAGGAUCAAUCCAGUAUGGAUCUUCCCGGGUUUGAGGUACGAGGUAUGAAAAAAGAUGUUGCAGGGGAACACGACAAAGAUCAUGCGGACGGCAACUUGGACCUCGAUAUUGAUAUGGUCAUUACGAGCUAUGAGGCGGGCGAAGAGAAACCUCAUCGCUUAAUCUUUAACGUGGCGAGACGGCAGGCUCUAAAGGUUGCCCGGCCAUGGUUGACCAGCAGAACCAAAUUUAAAUCUGUGCAUGUGGGAGAUGAUUUUAAGAAGGAUUAUCAGGGUGCAAUGGAUGCAGGCUGGGAGAGCUAUUUGCUUCCUCGAGAUUCUCAUGGUGCCGAGCAAUUUGACGCGAAACAAUUCCCAGAUCUUCUGGGGUUGGCUGAUAAAUUGGAGCUUUGCCCAUAA